CCAACACUUUGCUCCAAUUUUGUUGUGAUACCUGUGCACCAGCAUCCCUCUCAAAGUCUUCCUCCUUCUACUGAGGAUUUUUAUAUCCCUCCUGCAGAGCUGCAGCCAUGCAGCAGGAGCUUCUUUUCAAAGUGCUGGUCAUCGGGGACCUGGGAGUCGGAAAAACGUCCAUCAUCAAGCGGUACGUGCACCAGAUCUUCUCCCAGCACUACCGAGCCACCAUCGGGGUGGACUUCGCCCUGAAGGUGCUGCAGUGGGACAGUGACACCGUGAUCCGGCUGCAGCUGUGGGACAUAGCAGGACAGGAGCGCUAUGGGAACAUGACUCGUGUCUACUACCGGGAGGCGGUCGGGGCUCUGGUGGUGUUUGACGUGACAAGGGCCUCCACGUUCGAUGCCGUGCUCAAGUGGAAGGACGACCUGGACUCGAAGGUGACCCUGAACCACGGGAAGCCAGUUCCAACUGUACUCUUGGCCAACAAGUCAGACCAACUCUCUUCCCAGCAGCCCAAACUCGACUCCUUCUGCAGGGAGAACGGCUUCGUCGGCUGGUUUGAGACCUCUGCAAAGGAGAACACAAACAUCGAGGAGGCGGCGCGCUGCUUGGUGGAGCACAUCCUGAGCAACGAGGAGAACCCAGGCAUAGAGCGGGAACCCGGCUCCCUCGUUCUGUCUGGUUACACCAACACCACAAAGGAUCAUUUCAAUUGUUCGUCAUGCGUGAAGUGGUGACUUCUGACCAGUUGGGAAGUGAGCAGCAGUGAGGCCACGGUCACAGAGAAACGUUUGGCCCAGGGACUGUCUGUAAAGAAAUCUCAGCUCACAGCGAUCAGUGAAGAAAAA